AAAAGAAUGUGUUUUAAUUAAAAUUUUAACAAGAAUAAUAAUAAUUAGUUGAAAAAAUAUUUUUACAACACAGUUCCAGGCAACCUGACAUGGGGUCACGACCCCAGCGUUGAAAAACACUGUCCUAAAGUGUCUCAGUCUGCUGGGCUGAGAUCUUGGAUUAUCAAUAGACUCAAAACACCCCAGAAGGAUUCGGUUCUAAACCACUGAAUAUGACGAUGAGCUGCAGCCUAACUUUUUUUUAAUAUAAAAAACACUUUUUUUUCCUCCAGAGGAGAAAUGUGAAGUCUUUAUGUGCACCCAUCCCCCACAUAUCGUGCGUCAUUCUACCCUCUGAAGGUCAAACACACAGAUUAAUCCUUCAAAUGUUUGUUGAAUUUACUGAGAUAGUUUGACAUCGAACUAAAUAUAUAUAGUUACCCUGAAAGAAGGGCUACUUUACCCGUUAGAUUUUUUUUUUGUCACAGGACUGACACCUAGUGGUGGCUACAAGUGCCUCAAAGUGAAACAGUAUCUGUGAGGUUUUAGUGUGUUGAUGAAGAAGCGUGUCUCCUCUUGGCCACUGGCCCCCUCUGCCCUGCUCUGCUGUCGCCGGACGGGGCCGGUCCUCUGUCUGGGACUGUGGCGAUUGGAGAUUGGAGGCCGAGCCCCGGUGCCUCCCCCUCUCACACACUCUGAACGCAGCAUGACUUUCAGUGCUCUCCAAGGGCGGGUGGUACACUUUCAUGAAAAACAAACAAAUAUGGAGGCAGUAGGAGUGCGCGUUCACAGACCCUGUUCAUUUGACUGUCUCAGCCCGUCGGACCAGCAUGGCUCUUCCAAGCCCCCGCUGAGCUCCUCAGCCAUGACAUCACGCAUCCUGCUGCGGCAGCAGCUGAUGCGGGAGCAACUCCAGGAGCAGGAGCGGCGGGAGCAGCAGAGACAGCAGGCCACUCAGUACCCACAAACCCCAGUGACCCAGACCCCCGCCAUCAACGUCAGCGUUCCUGUCAGUUUGCCGCCAGCUGCACAGGUGCCAAUGGAAGUGCUGAAGGUCCAGACCCACCUGGAGAACCCCACCAAGUAUCACAUACAGCGCUCGCAGCAGCAGCAGGUGAAGCAGUAUCUGGGGAAGCUUGGCUCUCAGGCGUUGAGCUUGCCCUGCCCCAACCAGUCCUCAGAGCACGGGGGCAUGCUGCCAGGGCCGGGCAACAGUGCCCCCAACAGCCCUAUGGCCCUACUGACCCUGAACUCUAACUGCGAGAAAGAGGUGAGGGAUUUAACCUGGACCAGUGAGGUUGAUCAUGUGUUGGUGUUUAAGGUGGACUCAUCUGGUUUAUAUGUCUGUGUGUUUCAGAUGGAUGAUGUCAUUGAUGACAUUAUUAGUCUGGAGUCUAGUUACAGCGACGACAUGCUGGGUCUCAUGGACCCCGGACUUCAGAUCGCUAACACGAUCCCAGUGCCUGCUAACCUCAUGGACAUGUAUGCUAAUCAGGGAAUGACCCAGCAAGGUCUCCCCGUCAGCAACUCCUGCCCUGCCAACCUGCCAAACAUCAAAAGGGAAUACUCCGUUUCACAAUCGCCGGCCGUCAUGCAUAUGCUGGAUAAGUCUGGAUCCUGUGGCAAAUAUGACAACUAUCAAAGGCCUGAAGGGUUUCCUGUGGAAGCUGAGGUAAGAGCGCUGGCCAAGGAGAGGCAGAAAAAAGACAACCACAAUCUGAUUGAGAGAAGAAGACGGUUCAACAUCAACGAUAGAAUAAAGGAAUUGGGGACUUUAAUUCCAAAAUCGAAUGACCCGUAUGCACAGGCAGGGGGCACUGGAAAUAACCCACAGGGAGGAGAUAAAGAUGAAAAGGACAUGCGCUGGAAUAAAGGCACCAUCCUGAAGGCCUCGGUGGACUACAUCAGGAAGCUGCAGCGGGAGCAGCAACGGGCAAAAGAGCUGGAGCACGCCAACCGACACCUGAUGUUGAGGAUACAGGAGUUGGAGAUGCAGGCCCGUGCUCAUGGGCUGGCCAUCUCGUCUUCCGCGCUCUGCUCCUCUGAUCUGGGGCCCCGGUCCAUCAAACAGGAGCCCACGCUGGACGACUGUCACCAAGACCUGUACUCCUACCACCUGCAUCACCAACACCACCCAGACUGCACUCCGGAGCCGCCCGGCGCCUUGGAGCCAAACGAGGGCCACUCCAACUACCCAGAGAGCCACUACAGCAGCGCGCACAACAAAGCCGGCUCCAAACUCAACGACAUCCUCAUGGAGGACACUAUAUCACCGGUGAGGGGCGGGGAUCCUCUGCUGUCGUCCGUCUCCCCAGACACGUCUAAGGGCAGCAGCCGUAAGAGCAGCGUAAGCAUGGAUGAAAAUGAGCAGGGUUGUUAGCACCCCCUUGCUGACAGACAGCUCAUCUGCACCUCCGACCCUCCUUCCUGCUGCACUCAGUCCCGUCAGCAGCUCAGUCACUCAGCUGCUGGAGAAAACGUCUUUUAUUAGUGUCAACUCUUGGAUGUGUUUUUAAUUUUUUUAUUUUUUUAAUCCCCCGCCGAGUUUACAUGACGUGAGUCUUCUCGUGGCUAUUUUUUUUUUAAUGAGAUUUGUGCCAUUUCAUUUCCUCAAUGUUGAUUUAGAACGUUAAUUUAAAAGAAAAAAAAAAGAAAAAGUCUUGCUUUAAUCAAUACUUGAUGACAAUGAAGUUUUUAUAUUUAAAAUAUAUGCAUUUAUCUUUGGAAAGAGGAGAGUUGUGGGUAAAUAUCUCAGCUACCAAUCACGCUCAUGGACGUUUAGAAGUGGUGAGACGGACACUGCUUUUUAAAUCACUGGAUAGAAGAAAAUACACUUAUUUAUUACUCUAGCGCUAUACACUCCUAGUGUCUUAGAUCGCACCUGAAUGUGCCAAUGCCUUAUUAAGAUGUUGUAUUGCUAUGCACGUUAUGGACGUUAGCUGAGUCUCUGUCACUCUUCCAGUUGAAGUUUCUUUCUCGAUAGAUAGAAAUGAUUUGUCUUUUUUUUUGUCUUAUUUAUGUACUGCUGUAAAACUAAGGUCAUCUCUCUGUACACAUUCCCCCCAGUGAAAAUAUACAAUUAUAUGAACAAUCUAAUCAACGACAAGGCUUUAAAAAGAGCAGCAGAUUCUAAAGAAAAGCACAAACAUGUGAAUCACUCUUAAACCAAAAAAAAAAAAAAAAAUCUCCAUCCUGUAAAUGUAAAUAAACAACUGCCAAUUUUAGACUUUUAUACGACGUUCUAAUGUCGAAAUGAUGCACAACUCUUCAGACGAAAGGAUCGGGUUUCAUCUUUUUCAUACCCAGUGCUGAUUGACCUUUAAGUCUGUGCACAGCAGAAUCAACUCUGUCAUUUCGACUGUCAUCCAGUUAAAUUUAGCACUUGGAAAGAGUCUAUUUUGGUCCGUGUUACGUUGAGUAAAAGUACUCUUCUGGAAUUGUUAAGCACCGUGACAGACAGACAGAGCUGCAGCCACAGUAGUCAUGUUGAAACACAGAGCUGAGGUCUGAUGGAAUUACCUGACAGUAAACCAUAGAUAAUAUAUUUUCCUCUAAACAUUUUCAUGUGUAGCAGUAAGUAUAUGGAGCUUUCGUCAGUGAUUCUGCCCUCUGUCUGUAUUUUCAUGAUUUGUUUCUCUAUCUUAACGGACAGGAAGGCUUCUGGAUGAAAUAUUUAGUGUAAUAUUUACCAGUGGAUGGGUGAAGCAAGACAUUUAGUGGGAGAAUUAGCUCGUCGUGGUUUGGGCAACUUGAACAUUAUACACUAUCUGUGUACAUUAUACACAGAAGCAGUGGGCUUUACUUUUUACUGCGUCCAAAGAGUGGUCCUGCCAUGGCUAGGAUUCAAACCGGCAAUCCUCAGAUUAUAAGCCCAACCCAUAACCACUAGGCCAAGGGUCUGUAACUGUCAACGUCAAAAUAUAUAUAUAUAUUUUUUUCAUUUUUAUUGUUUUAUAACCUCAUAAAAUUCACCAAGAACCAAAAAAUAGUUUUAUAAAAGUACAGAUCUCCACUUGAGGAGGACAGUGACACUAUGUUGUUUUGCUUUUAAUUGACAGCCUUAAGUUCCACAGCAUCAAACAGCAGAAAGCACCGCUGUCUACUGACAACCCCGGCUGAUUGGCUGUACGAGCCCUGAAUGUUUUUGGUUGGGGGGAAAAGAGCCACAGGUUCCAGACCCUUAAUGCCUAAACUGGCAUCAAAAUAUCAAAACAUGUUUGUUUGGUUUUUUUUUUUUGUGCUCCUUAAUUUUCACCUGUCAGCAGGCAGCCACUGCUUACUGUCCACAGCCAGUAUACCACUUCAGUGGUUUGUCUGCAGUGAUGACACCAUAGCGCACUAUGUGCUGUUAUGAAUGAGAAGUCCGGGUUCAAAUCUGUGAACAAUCACUAAUCUAAAGUUAAUAUACAAACAGUAAUGUUUUACCAGCGCACUUCACUCAUCAGACAGUGCUUACUAAACAAAGGUUUAUAGCACCCCCUACAGGGGAAGGCGGGAGGGAGCUACUUGCGCUCUGCAAAAUACCAACAUUUGGCAGUGUGCAAUACAAUCUAAAACAUUACUAUGAUUUUAUUUCUCAAAACAAAAAUUCACUUUAGUGACAAAGUAUCAGAAAGACACGACAAAGGUACAAGACAAAAUCAUGGCGUUUGCUCUCGCCAUUUGUGAAACGGGCCUCACAAUACUACCCUGGCACAUACUCUUUGACAAACUACCUUCAAGGUCCUGACUGAGCCAGUGUGGAACUGCUUUUGUUAUUUUUAACUCUGAGAAGUGAACAGUCAUAAGUACAUUCCCUGCCGCCAGAAUCGACUGAUACUAGAGCUACAACACUAACAAAGACAACAAAAGUACUCAAACCCAGUACAGUCUUAGGUCAAAUCACAAAUGAGAAACAAUGAGAACAAAGUUUAGCCUCAGAUUUCUCAACGCACCACAGCCCUGCCUAGGCAAGGAUUCAAACCAGCAACCCUCGGAUCCUUUAACAGCCAGGCCACGGCCUGUCUGUUUUGAUUGGCACCUGCAGUUUAUAGACGUGUGAAGGAUUUCGGGGCGGGUGACUGAUCAGUCUCUCUUGUACAUUUGUCUAUAAUUAGACUAAUUAGUAGAGCUGCUACUAUAUCUGCACACAGUGAAUGGUCAACCUGUCAAUUUCAAUAAAUGUUCAAGUAUUUCCUAUAUAUUUUACAUGACUACAUUUCAUUAUGUAACUCUUUUGUUAUUGUCGGAGGUGGAGAAUAAGGACACUGCUUUGGGAUUUAGCGUGGUAUUGUCAAAAACACUGGACUGACCUCGUUUUGUUUUUAUUUUAUUAGGCAAACAUACAUUUACUGUUGUAUUUGGCUGUUUAAACUCACUGGAUAUUGUUAUUGAGACUGUGGAUUCUUCGUGGCCCUUGUGUAUAAUAAAUAUAUAGACGGUCGUAGCAUAUUAGCAGCAUUAGCAUCGUUAGCCCACGUGAACGUGCCUGCUGCGAUGUCACAGCACAGCCUCCAUGUUGUUAAACUAUGCAAUUGUUGAAGCCGUGUCCGUAGAGCAGCAGCAUGUCAUGACAAUGUGAUCUCUUGAGAAAAAAGUGUAAAAUUAAAGUGAAUAGUUAAUUUUUUUUAUUGUGAUUUAAGUGCCUUACAGUCAUUUCUGUAACCCUAAAUAUGAAGAUGUGAUGCAAUAUUUGGUUUGAAGUAGUUCAUUGUAGAACAGCCUAUAGUUUCUUCAAAGAGCACAAUGACCUCAGUGUUCAGCAGAAAACACAAUUAUAAGAGUUACAUUACGAAAUGGAAUGGAAUGGAAUCCUAAAAAUGGCCCUGAAAAUCCUGACAUUGAUCAUUUCAUUAUUUUUAAAAAAUUGAUUGCAGUUUUUUUUAACUUUUACAACUUUCCAUGCCUUUAUUCUAAUGUUCUGUUGAGCUGAUAUGUAUUAGAAAAAAAGUUAAAUUUUGUUAAAAAAAAACAACAAAAAACCAAAACACAUUGCUAAAGAGGGCCACACAGUAGCACAGUGGCUAUUACUGUUGCCUUACUGCAAUAAGUUCACCGGCUCAAGCCUUAGCCCUAUAAUCCUUUCUAAUGUUAAUGAAAAUGUUAAUAAUUCAUUUUUAAAUCACUGUUUUAUUGCCAGAUUUCAAAUGGUGCUACACACAGUUAAAUACAUGGAAAAUGACUCACGGCAUAAGCCCCACCUCUCUGCUCCAAUGCUUCAAUGACAAAUGUAGCAUCAAAUGCUAAAAAUGCUGUUCAGAAAUAUGUGAUAAACAUUAUAUUUUAUUUGGAUUUCAUGUUAAAUCCACUUUUUUAAAUUAGCAAAACACUGUAGUUUAAACUUCAAAUUAGUUUUCAAAUAAUUUGGACAAACGUUGUGUUAUACUUUAUAUAUUUUUAUUUUUACCUAUCAAUGCUUUUUAUUUAUACGAGAAGACUUUGAACCUCCAGAUGCUUUGAUUGUACUUAUGAAGAAAUCUCCAAACCAACAUUCUUUUUGUAAUUUGUUUUUUUUUGCUAAAUCUCACAUUAGCAGCUCUUAGAAGCUAUUGCCUGGCCACGUCAUGUUCACAUUGAUUUUCUGUUGUUUAAUUGCAGAUUAAUGUAAUUUUCAACAUCAACAUGAACAGUUAUUAAACUACAUAAAGAUGAACGGUAGUAACAAUUAAAACUCUUCAUACAAUGGAUAAUGUCUUGGUUGGUUGAAUUACAGAUAAUUCAUGUAAAAUCCUGGAAUAUGACUGAAGACCACAUAUUGGCACAACUCGCAAACCAUAACUUUGACUGAUAUCCCACUGUUUAAUACAUUUCUUUUUGUCUUCCAAUUAAUUGCAAACCACAAUAGAAGCUAUAUAUUUUCACAGCUCAGUUAAUUUCCUUCAUCCCUGCUGUUUCUCUGCUGCUGAUGGUGUUAAUGAUGAUGCUUCUGCUACUGUUGUUGAGAUGAAUGUAACAAAUAUGUGUGUGCGAUGCUUUCACAUUAGUGGACGUCACAUGGAACCGAUGUUGUGAGAAAUAUUAAAUGUUUCAUUUGAAAAGUU